UUGUUCUGCACCAGUUGCUAUAGCAACCAAGCAGCAACAUGGCUACCCCUCAGUGGAUUCUGAUGCAGCAUAGACUGGAGCCCUCGACAAAAACUGUUGAGAGUCAGUACGAGAUAAACACCAAGAAGAGACAAAGAGAAGCUGUUAGGUCCGCCAUUAAGAAAGGAGUUUUGAAAGUGCUAGAUCAAGCCUUGCUAGAAGAAACUAGAGGAAUUUCAUCUGAUGCACAAGAAAGGGAGCAAGUGCAGUACCUCUCGCUUCCCUUCCACUCUCUCCACUCUAUAGAUGAGCUGGUAGUUCUCUCUAGUCCAUUACUAAGUAUCAUCAACUUACCUGGGAACUUCAUCUCUAACAUUCAGCCAUUCCAAUCCUGCAUCAAUUUGGUUAAAUUAGACAUCUCUGGAAAUGAAAUACAAACUUUGCCUGAUGCUCAAUACUGGAGUGCUCUGAUAUCCCUCAAAGUCCUCUACUUGCAUGGAAACUUACUAACAAAGAAGGACUGCAUAUUAAAGCUAGGAUCAUGCCCUCAGCUACAGAUAUUGACACUCCAUGACACUCCAGUAUCUCUUUUAUCCAAUUAUCGUCACAUUGCUGUUAACUGUAUCCUAACGCUAAAAGCAUUGGAUUAUCAUGUAAUAUCUGACGACGAAAUUAUUGAAAACCUCUAUCUUGCUGGGAAGUUCCGAGCUCUUGCCAAGUCAUUUAACAAGCUCCUCUACCUUCCGGUUGAAGAAGACAACGACUAUCAAACGGAAAUAAAUAAGGUCCAUUCUCUAAUACAAUCGGUUGAUGCUGUCCAGUCGCACUACAGUCCAGUCAUCAUCAUUCAGAGGUGGGUACGGGGCUGGCUCACAAGGAAAAGACUACCAGAGAACAUUAACAUGCAAAUAAAUGCUAUUAUGAAGAGAAAAGAAAAGAGAGACAGGAAUCUCAGAGAAGUGCUGUGCUCUACAGCAAUGCCACCUUUAAACCAGAGCUUUCCAUUGGUCAAAUCAGGCCCUCCUCCUCCUCCAACUUCUCCUAACACUCAACAAAGACUCUCUCCUCUUCUACCAAGUAUAUACGCUAUACCUCAAUCAGCCAAGAGACCCUGCACUGCUGAGCUGCACAAGGCAAUAAGCAGUGCAAGGGUCCUACUUAAAAACAAGAAGAGUACAAAAAUGGCGAGGAAAUUUUUCAGGCCAAUCAAGAAAUCGAAUCAAAGAUCAACCGAUGCACAUCAUAUUGAUUGCGUCGGUGAUUUGAGUAUCAGUGGGACUCACCGCUCAGUUGAGAAUCUUAACAAGAUUGAGAUGCAUAAAGAUUCGGUGAGGGAUGGAGGAGACGAGAUCAGGAAAUCAAAAGGAAAAAUGAAAGCAAUUGUAGAAGAGGAAAAGAAGAAAGCCCAAGAUGAAAUCGAUUUAACAAAAAAGCUACCUGAAAUCACCAAAGACACUCAAACUUUCAUACGCAAUCAUGCCACGAUGAAUCUUACUGCUUUGAGGCAAUUGGAGAAAGAGUAUCGAUCCAACCAGAAGAACAAGGACAUAGAGACAAAGACUGGACUAGUAGCACAAGUGAGACAGGAGAGAGAGGUGAGAAGAGAAAGACUCCAGCAGUACCAAGCAAUGAUCAAAGAGAAUAUCAUGAGCUGGAGGAUUGAGGAAGAAACACGACUUCAAAGAGAGAGAGAAAAGCAAGACAUUAGAAGAGAGGAGGAUCACCUAAGAAGAGUUGCUAAUGUUGAAAAGGAAUAUGAAGUUCUUCAGUGUAGGAUCAAUGACGAGGAGUUUGCUAAGAAAUUUGUACAAACUAAUGUUGCAAUUGAUCAUAAAAUAACAAUGGAAAAAAGAAGGUUGGAGAAGGAAGCUGCCUCAGAUGAUGUGCAUGACACAGUCCAGACUCAGAGAGAGAAUGAAACUGAGAGACAAGAAAUUACUAAAAACUUCAUGCAAAUGAGAGAAGAGAGGCUUAGACAGGAAUCAGUGAGCGACAAGAACCAGCUCAGCACUCAAAUGAUACAGUUGGUGUCUCACCAGUUAAUGGAAGCUAAACAAAAAGUAGCUAGAGAGAAAGCCAGAAAAGAAGCAGCACAAAGGUGCUCUCCUAUACUUCUAAGCAGUGACACUCCAAGAGAAAACCUACUGGAGGCAUACAAAGCCAUACCAGAAGCAACAAUGGCCGACAAUAGUCUACUGGGACCUCUACUAAGAGCUUGUGAGCAAGAAGGAUAUAGUCCUAAAUCAAUGCGUAGUUGGACGUUAGGAUCACACAGAACCUGGCAGAGAGGGAGUCAUGUUAUGAAUGACGAGCCUGGAAACUUUCCCGUUAUCAACAGACUCCGUUCAGACGAGACACCAUUGAUGUAUGAUGUAUAUAGACCGCUCCACCCACGCUGGCAGAAUAGCGGUGGUACAACACCUUUUAAUUCACUACAAGUGUCUUUGAGAAAUACUGCAGUUGCCAGUCCAGUCCUGGAGCCAGGGGCAGGUAAUUUGUAUAGUAACUGUGUGACCAGAGAAGAUGAGAAGAGGAAACUAGUACUGCAAAGUCAUAGCUAACUCAUCCUAGUUUAAAUGAAGUACAGUACACAAUGUAUAGUUCAUUAAUGAUUGAUUUAAUGCAAAAAAAUAAUUUUAAAAAUGAUAAUAAAAUACUUUUUUGUUUUA